UUCAGAAAUAGGUACUAUAAAAAAGGGUACUCACUCCACAACACAACUCAUUAUAGUGCUUAGUUCGAAGACAAAUAAUCAGCUGUCUAACUCCAGUGCAACUUUUUAUUGAGACCUAAUCAGAAAUCUUUCCCUACAAGCAACCAUAGAAAUGGCCACACUCAGUCGAGGCAACCUCUCAAGUAUUGCAGUACAGCUGAUUCUCUUGUCUCUAACAGCAGGACUAGUGACAGCUGCUCCCACCUCGGCACCCUCAGCCUCCGACUGUGCAGAGCUCAAUGCUACACAAGCUCUCACACAGAUGAAAAAUGGAAUAGAGGUCUUACGUCGAGUUCAUGAAGGGAAGUUAUUCUCAGUUAUUCGAGAUGAAGAGGAUGAAUCCAGAUCAAUCCAGAGCAAUACUUUUUCUCUCGACCUUCUAUCAAAAGCCCUCAAUAUCACUUGUGCCUUAAGAGAUGCUAAAGCUAAUCUCUGGUCUCUCGAAGCGAUUACUGGGGAGCAACCUGAUGCAGAUGUAAGGUUGCUACGAUAUGUUGCUGACAAACUGGUGCGCACUUCGUGUGAAUGGACGAAGAACAUCCUAUCUCAACUAUACCCCCAAUCAAUGCUACACCUUCAAUGCACCUGUGAGGAAAUAGACUACAUCUGUGACGAAUUCAAUUUCCUCAGCCAAGCCAAAGAGACCAUUCUCAUAAUGGAGGCUUAUAACCCCACAAUCAGCGGAGAGAUUAGCUGGAUAGAGACCAACCUCCCUCAACCAGACUUCUCCAUGCCUCUGCUUCAGAGAUUUGUUCAGUAUGUUCACAAUGAGCCCAUGGGGCUGUGAUUGAUGCUGAUUCUCGGUUUAAUUGAAUGAAUUUGCUUCUACUAAAUCUAGCUCUAUGAGAUGGAAUUGUAUCAUGUGUUUAAGCAUUAAAUUUACAUAGAAAAGCUCAUUUUAUAUACUUGUACUUAUAGGUAACAUUUACUAAAUUUUAGAUCGUUGCUUUUUUGCAAUGUUAUAUGUUUUGCACUAUGUGCACCUUUUUUUACAUGCUUGUCAUGCUCUCAUAGUAAGUACACAAGUCACACACCUACAUAGCAGAGGAGGUCCGACAGGCGCGGUGCAGCUCAAGCAAUUAGCCACUGAUUACUCUCAGCAAAAACAUACGACGUGGGCGGGGCGUGGGCGGAUAAUUAUUGCUCAAUCAAAGGCUAAUUGCCUGAGCUGCACCGUGCCUGUCGUACCUCC